CACAGUUCUGACAAACUUUACCCUUGAUUAGUCUUGUCCGUCCUGGUCAGGCACCAGGGGCUGCUUGCUCAUAUGCUGUAGUGAACAUCUUCCUGACUGCCUGUUCCAGUUUGAACACCCACCACCAGUCCAUCAGAGCUGCGCCAUCCCUAAGAACACUGGCUUUAGGAGUCUAGUCUUUACAUCUCUUGUUGCAAACCCUGUGAUGACUACAGAGGUGAAAACCCAGUUGGCUGAGCAACCACUAGUGAGUCCAAAGGCAGAGCCCGAGCCCAAGAAGAAACCAGAGUACUUUCCGAAGAGCCACGGGGAUGUGGGAUUCCAGAAAGAGCCCAUGGUCCCAGGCAUUGUGGAUUUCGAGUUGAUCCAAGAGGAGCUGAAGACCUCUAAGCCCCAAACACCAAGUGCCUAUCGCUUCGGACGCCUCAGCCACCACUCCUUCUUCUCCCGGCACCACCCCCAGCCACAGCGUGUGACACACAUACAAGAUCUCACUGGGAAGCCUGUGUGCGUGGUCAGGGACGAGUUCUCUUUGGCACCCUUGACUCAGUCGGCGCUCUUAUCCAGUUGUCUGAUGGGGAUGCCCACCAUCUCAGUCCCCAUUGGGGACCCACAGUCCAACCGGAACCCCCAGCUUCCUCCUUCUGACCUCUGGAAGAAAAAUCUAAAGGACCUAGCGUCCCGAGUGGCUGUCUUUACUAAGGAAACCGAGUCAAGGAUCAUCGAGGCUGGUGCUGAACAAAAGAGCGAGCCUGGAAAGAAAGCCUUGCCAAAGGAAGAGCCUCCUGUGAGGGAGCAGGGGGCAAAGUACUCAGCCAAGACUGGUAGGCUUAUCCCGGCUUACAGCCAAGUUCUCAGCAGCCGCAACCGCCAGGGCCAGCGGGGCCAGCCUUCUGCCAGAGACAGAGGAGUCCAAACCUCCGUUCUGGAGGACCAGGAGCUGCUGAUCUUGGAGCUUCUUUGUCAGAUUCUCCAGACGGAUUCUCUAAGUGCCAUCCAGUUCUGGCUGCUCUACGCACCACCAAAGGAAAAAGACUUGGUGCUGGGACUUCUGCAGACAGGGGUGGCUCAGCUCAUCUCCCAGCCCCUCCCAGCCCUCCCAGCGGAGAAGCUCUUGAACCAACUCCAAGAGCUUCAAGAACCUCCUCAAGAGAUACAACAAACAACCUACAGUCCAUCCCUGAAGAAGACAAAGACACCACCUCUAUCCAAGUCAGAGAAACCGGAGUUCAUAGGCAAAGCCCAAGUCCUCCGCGUGCAUCCCAGCGAGGACUCAGAGGAGAAAACGACCAAGUCAAAGGCCGAGAGCUGAGGAGCACAGCCCAGAGCACGGAGACUUCUGUCUAGCUCAAAGGCAGCUUCUAAGCUUGGGGAUGGGGGCUCCCGUCACGCUAUGUCAACACCAGCCCCCGGUCUCCAAUCACACUCUACUAAAUAAAAUGCUGCCUUCCCUGGA